UCGCCGACAACCCAAGGCCAGCUAGGUCCCCUGUUUGACCUGAACGUCAGGGACUAUGUGAGACUCUUAGUCUGCACCGGCUGCGGGUUCGUCUUUGGAAUAGCUGCCGAAAAAGCGAGAGUUCACGUGCCCUCCGUCAUCCAGCAGCAGAUGCUGUUUGCUCAAAACUCGAUGUUGAAGGCAUUCCUCGCGGCGGUCACCUCUUCUGUUGCCAUGUUCUCGAUCCUCUACCUGCUACCUUCUACUCGUGGACUCUUUCAUCAGGUGAGGGUGGAGUUUGGUGGGUGUGUCAGUGCCAAGAGAGUGGUUGCAUUUGCCACUGGAGGUGUCAUUCUGGGCAUGGGCAUGACCGUCUCUGGAGCUUGUCCAGGAAUGGUUGUGGUACAGGUUGGCUCUGGACAGGAGAAAGGAAUGGUAACUCUGCUGGGGUGUUUCACUGGAGCUCUGGUGUACGGAGUGGUGGAGCCAGUUCUGAGGCGACACAUCACCAACAAGUCACGUUCUCACUUGCUCAAG